AGCUGACUGCUUGUCACCAGAAGCACUGAAUCCCACAGCUUGUGCUCUUGGUGACCAGAUUCGUCGGUUCCUUGGAAGAGUGCCGCCAGAUUGUGGCAAUGGAAUUCGAAUCUUAGCCGUCAGAUUUCUCGUCCGAUUUUGGUGAUCGUUGAUUCAGACGGGCUGAGCGCUUCGAUCACGACGCUGCACAGCUUUCGUAGCACAUUCAGCAGAGAAGAGAAAGCUUAGGAAUUUCCUGGUCCGAUAGCUGCAACUUCUCAGUGUUCAAAUAGGUUUCUCUCGCCUACGAGGCUAAUUUGAAUCGGAGCAGAGUCAGAACCGCCGAUUGCGGCCACGCGGAUUCUGAGCCCUGUACGCUGCCACGCGGUCGAUUCUGACUUGCUGUUUAUUGGUUCGUGAGUAGGAUAGCAUUAGGGUGUUUGCGAAUGCUGCAGAGUUUAUGCUAAGCUCGCAGCUUCCGACGUGUUUUCCUGUCGAUUCGUCUUCGGCACUCUAGCGCAACGCAGCUUCGCGUCGUCCGUCCCGAGUCCCGACCGUCACGACGACUCCCCCGUGUGCUGCCGUCGCAUUGCCUGGUCAAAAUACUCUCCUCUGUUCGCAGAAAUCACUUCGCUUCGCGUCGCUUCGCGAACUACCUCGCUUCACGGAGUUUCUGUACAGUUGCUCCCAGUUCGGAAAACUUGCGUAUGACUGCGGUAUCCUCUCGUUCGUUUCUGACCGCGUCGAUCGCUCCCUCGAGAUUUCCAUCCUCGUUUUGGGGAUCGCUGAGUAGAGGACAAAAACCCGUUAUAAGCAUCACCGCUAGUCAUCCAGCGCCAACAGCUUCCUGUAAAUAUCUCGCCAGUGCUCUCGCAACCGAAUCUGCCUUGUCGCGUUAUCCUGAUAAACUAGGUCACACGUUACGUCAUUCUGAUCAACUACUACGUCAUUCUCACACGACUGAGAGCAUUCUCAGUGCCGAUACCAAUCUCGCUGCACGGCGCCGUGAGAAGGCCUGUGCGUCCGCCAUACCCACUUUCUGCUCGGUAUUGGAUGAUCCGACAAGUAUAGUGGAAACUUCAGAUUCGGAAGGGCCGGCAUCACGUCUAACAGCACAGCCAGCAGCUCAUCCAGAGGCACAGCCAAAGGCACAACCACCAGAACCCUGCUCACUGUCCCGUGGCGCAGAGCCUUUCGACGCUGGUCCUCGUACGGCAGUUCAUUUGGAAAAUUCAGGCCCAGCAGCAGCAGCAGCAGCAGCAGCAGCAGCAGCAGCAGCAGCAGCAGCAGCAGCAGCAAUAGUUGCAGCAUUGAUAGCUACACCCGCUGCACAGGCGUCCUCGUUUCUAGGAUCAUCUGACCCAUCAAGCUCUCUAGGGCCAGCUGCUGACAUGGCAACAGCGGCAGCUGCGGCGGCGGCUGUGGCGUGCGAUUCCAACACUUGCGCGUGGCACUCGCUCGCCCUGCACGUGCUCUAUGAGUCGCUCGGGUGGCUCGCAUUCCUCGUGUGGUCGGCCUCCUUCUACCCUCAGGCCGUGCUCAACUGGAAGAGAAAGAGUGUAAUAGGGCUCAACUUCGACUUCCUGGUGUUCAACCUCACCAAGCACUCCGCCUACCUUAUCUUCAACGCCUCCAUGUUCUUCUCAUCGGUCGUGCAGCAGCAGUACCACGCCAAGUACGGCGCGGAUGAGCUCAUCCCGGUGUCAGCCAGUGACGUGGCGUUCUCAGUGCAUGCGGUCAUCCUCACUGCCUUCACUGUCUGGCAGUGCAUGGUGUACAAUAGGGGCGCCCAGCGAGUGUCAUGGACGUGCAAGGUCAUCUCUCUAACUGUCUGGCUCUUUGCUCUCGUCACCUCCCUUAACUCCGCCUUUCAAAGCGACUGGCUGGGCCUCGUCACCAUGUUCAACUACAUCCAAGUCGUUAUGACCACUAUCAAGUACAUUCCACAGGCGUGGUUCAACUUCCAGCGCCGCAGCACAGUGGGUUGGAGCAUCAGCAACGUGCUUAUGGAUUUGACGGGAGGGCUGGCAUCGCUGCUCAUGAUGUUUGUGCAGUCCAUCGACCAGAGCUCGUUUGUCAACUUUACGGGCAAUGUGGGCAAGCUCGCCCUUUCAGGGGAGACGAUAGCCUUUGACAUCAUGUUCGCUGUGCAGCACUACAUUCUCUUCCCCCACAAGCCACCUCUCCCCAUCUCCGCCACCUCUGCUGUCUCCUCCCACCCCUCCACAACUGCACCCCUCGAGCAUGAGGGCAAGGGGGGGAGGGAGAAGGAGGAGGAGGGGGAGCAGCCUGCAGACGAGUUUACCCGCCUCCUGCCAUCGCGACGGUCUGGUGGCUUAUUCUGAUUGGAGGGAUUGAGGAAAGCAGCAGCAUAUCACUCAAGUCUUAUGACAAAGAUCAAUGACAGAAGUCUUCAUUCGCUUGCUCAUGCAUUUCAGGGGUUUUGCAAGAUUUUGGUUGUCAACAAAGAGGGAAUUUCACAUGAAACGAAGUUCAUGCCGCUCUGCGUGAAAAAACCUAGUUGAGUUCCUUCAAUUAGUUAAUCGAAUUUUACCACCUACUUUGAAAGUAUCACUAUAUCGUGCUAUGGGUUGAGUA